CCAGCCCCCCCGAAAUGCUGGUUCAGAGCAGAGUGCCUUCCCCUGCCCUGUGCAGGGGCUGUGUUUGUCCAUUCCCACCGGGCUUCUGGAGCACCUCAGCACCCGUGCCAUGGCUGGAGGGUCUCUGCAGGGCUCUCCCCACUUGAGACAGAGUGAUUCCUCAUCACACUCUGUUGUACAGAUUUAUCCCUGAAUUGAUCUACUUCCUUUCUGGUUUCGCCUUCCAACUGACUCUCACUUUAACUGGAAUAAACAUCGCAGAUCCUCCUGUGACAGACUUCUGCGUCAGCACUCUGGGGUUCCUCAUUCCUGCCUGCCCUCAUCUUGACCUUCUGCUCCAGGAGGACGUUCACACCCUGCUGUUUGUCUGGGGCUGGAGCCAUCCCCUUUGCAAACCCCUCAUUGCCAGCGUCCCGCUCAGCCAGGGCCCCUUCACACAGCAGGUGAGAGGAGAAGGAUCAGAGUAAAACCCCGUGUGGGAGUGGCAGUGCUGAUGUGUGGCUGUAAAUCAUCGCUGUAUCCUCAGGGGAGGGAAGGAGAUCUUCCACUGACAUGGAGGAACCUGCUGCAUUUUGACCUUUUCCUGGGACCGUAGUGACUAUUUCAGAGAAAAAACAGAGUGUCAUGGAACACCCCAGGGUGAGUCAUGAGUGUUGGGUGAAGUGGGGGAAGUAACUCUCUUAAAAAGAAGACAUCCAGGGUCUCUGUGUUAGCACUGCCUGAAGAAGUGUCAGGAGAAAACAGCUUGGAAAACUCUUAGGACAUCCAUGUGUAUGUGGGCCUGGCUUCAUCCUGAAGGAUUUUUUGUGAAAAAACCACAGAGAAAAUUCCACCUCAGGAGCAAGAAGCUGGAAAAUGAGGAUUUUCUUGUUUUGGACCCUUUUCCUCAUGACAGCCACGAGCACAGGUCAGGUGGCUGGGCAGUGAGAGGCCCCAGGCAGGUGACAGUGGGGCAGGGCAGCUCCCUGACAGUGUCCUGCAGCUACAAGCCACGCUACAAGCUCAACUCCAAGUACUGGUGCCGCAAAAACUUCCCCUGGUUUUGCUUGACCUACAUCAUCCAAACCGAUGGCUCCGAGGGGACAGUGACACGGGACAGGGUGUCCAUCAGGGACAACCACACAGCCAAUUCAUUCACAGUGACACUGAGCAGUGUCACACCAGGGGAUGCAGGCCGGUACUCCUGUGGGGUGAGGAAGAAUGUGGGGACCAGGCGAUGGCACAACACCAAGGUGAUGGUGUCUGCAGCUGUUUCAAACACAACUGAGGACAGCAACGUGAGCCCAUUGACCACCAAGCCUCUGUGCCCCGGGGGCUGUGGGGAGCCUGCAGUGUGGUCCCAGCUCAGUGUCAUCCCCUUGCUGCUUCUGCUCAGCAUCAAGAUGCCCAUGGCACUAGCUGUGGUUUGUAGGGCAGCCUGGGUGAGGAGCCAGAGCAGGAGCCGGGACUAGGAAAACCUGCAGAUCUUGGACUCAUGCAGCAGCACCAGGGGCUGCCACUUGUCCCAGCCACCUCCGAGCCCCAGGGACGCCCUCCUGCCCCCCUGGCCCCCACCCUGCCGGGGCCACGCCACCCCUCACGGCCACCCCUUGCCAGGAGGUGCCUGGAAAGCCUCAGCCCCUCCUGGCAGCCCCUGUGCUGGAGAGGGAAGGGUUUGGGGUGCAGGGAGCCUGUGUCUGUUGAGCUGCAGCUGCCAACAGGAGACAAUUUUGCAAUAAAGGCUGGGUAUCCUGCA